AUGGCUCGCUGGUACGAGCGCGAAGCGCAGCAAGGGCGCAGGCCUUUAACGGCGGCGGCAGGAGGCGAUGAACGGGAACAGUUAGGGAUCGACGGCGAAUCCAAGAGUGUGAUGACUGGGUACGGACCAGCGUGGGGUGCGCCCCAGAAGCGGCCGCGCAGCGACCGGGGUGGAACGCGUGGACGGAGACCCGGCGGAGAUCAGCACUUCCGGCGUCCGACCAAGACGCUAAGAGUGGAGGCCAAGUAUGGCGGUGGGCAGGGCACGACCGGUGCCACCAACCCGGUGUACGCGACGAGGGAUGCUCGUCUCCUUAAUCUGGAGAGGCACCAAGCUCGGACGAAGACGCAGAAGGCACCAUUCGAGCCUUAUCCUGUGACGGAGUGCUUCUACUGUGGGCGCGAGGGCCACUUCGCGCGGGACUGCCGACUGAAACAAUCUGACCCGGGUGAGAGACGAAAAGGUGUGAGUCGGUGCGGACGACACGCGAAGGAGAGGUGGAUGACGACGAGACGGCGCCCAUGGCGGCUGCGUGAUAUGGCGAACGAGACUGGGGAUGGCGUGACGCCCGGCAAUGACCGAGUGCUUUCUGAGGCUGGGGAUGGCGCGGCGGUGCUGAGGCAGCAAGCACCGGUCGGCGACGCGAAAGAGGAGAUGGCGUACGGAGACGGUGUCAUGGUGCCGGUGGCGGCAAGUUUGGGCGGUGACGCGACGGACGACGUGUCGCGGGCGUACAGAGCGCGCGGGGCGUCGGCGGUACGGCCAGUAAUCGCGAGUGUGUUGACGCACGGGACCUGUUGGUGGCGUGUGGCUACACGGGUGCUGGACCAGGACGAAGUGGCGGAGGUUGUCGAAGCACAGCUACGCGAGUGGAGAAAGAUUUACGAGCAUGAUACCGUCGACGGCGCCGGACAGCAAACGGCGGGACGCGACGACGACAGCGGCACUCCACGAUGCGUAGAGGCCGAAAUGACCACGGAGCUUCGUAGGCGUGAUGAGGAGCGGGAUCGGGUGCUGGCAGUGAAAGCACGAGACGAGAAACGAGAGCGUACGCGGGCCGAGGAAGCUGUCCGGUGGGAAAGUAAGCGCGCGAAGCGUGUCAAGCGUACGAAAGCCCGCCGAUUGAGCACAAACAAUCGGAGACACGAUGGAGGCGGUAUUGUGCUGGAGAGCGACGUGGUGAUGCCGGAACCAACGGCGGAAUUCCUACGGGCCUUGGGUUGGAGUGCGACGGCAGCACGGUUGCUGGGUGAGCUCAGAGCCGUUGAUGAGGCGUUGAAGGUCGGUUACGCGGCCCUCGCGGUGGCUGAGGCUAGGCGACAAGAAGUACUGGCUGCGGGUGGCGUGGUUGGCUGUAACGACGUGAGAAUCGGGGUGGCACAACAGUUAGUACUGGCCGCCGCCGGGCUCGACGCCAUCGGAGAAAGUGACUGGACGAGAGCGCACGAGACGCCGUUGCAGCGAUCGAGGGAUUUGAGAUGCGCGUACGGAAGGCGCACCCUCAUAACGAGAUGCGCACUGCGAGCACAGUUAGCGACGGCGACGCACCCCGGCGGUGCGUACUUCGAGUUCGACGAAUCGCGAGGAUCAGGCCCAAGUGCCGCCCGAGGAUUGAGUCGAGGUGAAUCGGAGGCGCGCAGGGACGCGAUGAGGGUGUACCAGUACCGCAGUGGUAGCGUGUACGCGCACCCGAGCGUGAAGGUGCUAAGCAAAGGACGGCGGCCAAUGAGAGUCGGGCAGCUGAGGGCAGUUCAGGUGCCAGCGGUCGUCGCAUUACCAACAGCACGAGUAGAAGUGGGUGGUGAGCCACGAGAGAUCAAGUUGGAUACAGGCGCACAGUAUAGUGUCGCCGGUGAGUCGUGGAGGUCAUUGGUUGAGCGCCUUAACGUGCUCCCACCCGUGGAUUACGUAGAAGGUUUCACAGGUGCGGUGUCGAAAGUGCGCGGGGUCUGGCGCUUUCGAUUCCGUACGCAGUACGAGCAGGCGGUGGUUGAUGCGCUGGUGGUGGAAGGUGCGACCACGGAGUUCCUAUUGGGAGAGGACUGGAUGCUACAGAACGGGGUCAAGAUCGACUUCACCGCGUGCGAGAUGAAGUGGUUCUGCUGCGACGAGAAGAGGAUUGUGCCGUUCAGCUGCAGCAGCGACGGGCACGACGAGACCGCGACGAAAGUCAGGAUGGUGAGGGCCACAAAGGGCAUGGCGAACACGUGUCGACGGGUGGAGUUAGCAGUGGCAGCGCCAGAGGGCACGACGGGCUUGUUAAUGCUGCCCGACGCGUAG